AGCCUGUACUUUUAACAGAGAGUGGGCUUGUGGGCUCCCGAACUGUAAACACACAGGAAGUCAGUGGUGUCGUUAACGCCAUACAUUUCAUGGUUAACGCCAACUAAACAACGAAUUGCAGAUCUCAUAAACGAUACCCGUCGUGUGCAGGUCUUAUUGCUCCUACCCAGUCGAUAUUGCGACAGGCCUACUAAGACAGCGACAUCACUGCAGCUGAGUCUCUUCACCAGCUAGCUAACAUUAGCCCGCUAGGUAACAGCGAUAGCUAGCUAGCUUGUAUACAACAAGAUGGAGGGCCUAGAAACGCCAUACGAAGUCGAGGCUCCGGUUGAUUUCAUUGACUGCACGAUCUGCGAUAAAUCCAUAAGGGGUGACACUUUGUAUAAGAUACACCUGACUACAGCGGGGCAUCUGAAGAAAGAGAGUGCCUUGGUUGCUCGGGGCUUUUCUGCCAGAGACCACACUGUACCAGAUUUUGAGGACAUCCUACAAUACCUACAAUACCUGAACCUUGAUGAGCCCAUCAUUGGUUUGACCUAUUUAGAAGAAGUGCCCAAUACAGAUGCCAGUGACCCUCAGCCAGGUCCUAGAUACUUAUGUAAGCUAUGUGAUGUGUACGCAAACCUACCCAAUACGGUCAAUCAUGUCAUUGGACGUAAACACCGGCAGAAAUACCUGCAAACAAAACGGCCAGACCUAGUGACUUGGGACAGAACAUCCAUGACGAGCCAGUCUGGAAAGAUCAUGCGGGCCAAAGCAGAGGUGGUAGAGAGACAGGAUGGACGAGGAACUCCGAAGCCAAUGAAGAAAAACAGGACAGUGGGCAAAUCAAACAUCUUGAGAGCUCCUCCAAAGCAAAAAAUGGGCCAAAAUGUCUCCCAGAAUGUGUCCCAACAACAGCUGUUCGAUUAUCAGGAUGAGUACUCCCACCAGGGGAGGUAUCCAUGUAAUGAUUCAAAUGUACCCCCCUUCCAUCCAAAUGACCCCUACAUGUUGGGAAAAUCAGAUAGAAGCACCUUUAAGAGGGAGGACCCUCUAACACGAGACCAUAUUGGAGAUGAACUGCAAAGAAAAAAUUACAUGGAAAGUGAUAUGUAUGGGCAAGAGUUUAAGGAGGGCGAUUAUGAAAGAGAGUAUCAAGACGACUAUGUGGUAAAUGAGCGUAGACGAGACUUACGUCAACCGGGAGGUGUUUCUGGCCGUGAUGUUAGGCCAGACAUGCCUCAUAGGCAUGGACGUAUCCACCCUGCGGAAGCUCCACCUCAUAUGACGCCCUACCCAGAAAGUGACCCCCUCAAGCAGUUUUACUCUGAAGAAGUUAGACGUGGACAACUUCGUUCUGCUGAAGCUGCUCAGACUCGUAGGAACACCUAUCCAUUACGUGACCCUCAUGGGACAGCCUAUCCAGGGCGUGAUCCUGAUCCUGGAAGAUAUUCCUCCGAACGAGCCUAUCCAAGGGAAGGUCCUUGUGGGCGACCUUAUAUAGAAGAAUCUAGUAGGGAUUACACCAGUUAUUCCAGUGCCAGUGUUUGUGUUGAUGAACAUACCAGGGGAACAGGAGACUAUUCAGAAGAGGAGACACAACACACAGCUUACCCUAAGGAUGAAUCCCUUCAGCCAGUCUACCCCGAAGAUGAACAGCACCAGUGGUCUCUUGAGAGGGAGCAAAGCAGACAUGGAAACAUCAAUGGAGGAGGCAGGCAGGGAUCUAAUGAUCCAGAAGCCAAGAGGAGGAGGCUUCCUGAGCAUAUGGAAAGUGCCCAGCCAUAUGACAAAGAUCAUUUGCUUGAAAUGGUCAGAGCUUUUCGCCAGGACAGAAGAGCAUCACAUCGAGAGGAUGCAGUGGUGAAUCCAGGGCCUAGCAGACCUGGACCACCUUUGUCUCAGAGACCAGUGGAAGUUGUCAGUAACCUGUCUGAGAUUCCAGAGCCAUUCAGACGCUUUUUGCAAGGGGCUACUCAAAUCGAGGACCUGAGAAAAAGAAAAAGAAAGAGUCGCUUUUCUGAUGCCACUGAAGAAGAGAUGGAAAGGGCAAAGGGGAUGUUCACUGAUUCAUUUAGAUCUCGAAACCUGGAGGGUCGUGGUCCUCCAGUUCAUGGACCACAGAGACAUGACCCAUACCCCACAUCACAGAGCCCAUAUGAUGCUGAAGGCUACCAAAGAGGAAGCCCCAAGCUUUUGUCAGAGAAGACUGCUGAAACUGGAGUUGUCUUUGAUAUGUUGAAAAACAUAGAAAUUGAUAAUGCAGAGGAGGCCGACUUCCUUAAGAACCAACUUUGCUCCCUGCUGAAAGAAUUCCAAGCCAAAAAGACUGCGCACAAAAGCCAGGGCCAUACAGUCAUCGCUAAAGAUUACAACCAUUUGAGCCAGGAGCACCAGGCCCCUCCGCAAGGCCAGUAUGACAGGACCCUCAGAGAAGGUCCAGAAGGACGGUGUUUUGAGAUCAAACCCGGGCAAGAGGGGGACUUUUACUCUGAGGAUGCUCCCCGAGGUACAGGCUGGGAUGACCAGGAGCAAUCACCCGUAGACAAAUUCCAGGAAUACAGCCAUCCUGCCCACCCUGGAUCGAGAGGUUCAAGCAGAAGCCGUUAUGAAGACGUCUUUGGGCGCACACCACACGCUGGCCAUCCCCAAGAGCCAUCCCUGUAUCCUGAAAGGUUCACGGAGCCCAUGCGCCCUUAUGACUUCCCACCUGCCACCGAGGAGUUUUCUGAACCCCCGUUCCCUGCACCGCAAGGGUACAGGACGCACCGGGGUCCGCAGCACUCCAGCAGCCUUGACAAAAUCACCUCCACCCUCCUGGAGCUUGUGGCUAGGAAAUAACUGUCAGCUUACAAAAAAAAACCUCUGCAAACAAAAUAUUUGUAUUUGAUAUUGUAUUUAAUAUUUGAUGGAUUAUUUUAGUUUGAAAACAGAGUUUGGUAACUUUUUUGCUUUUCAUUAGUUUAUGUGCUGUUGACAUUUUUGUACAUGAUUUAAAAAACAAUAAAUGAAUCUGAUGCCAAAAAUAAAACAUUUGUCUACUA